CCUCGUUGGGCACAGAACUCAUGGCUGUCCCUGGCUGAGACUCACGCCGUCUCACACAGCAAAGAAACACAGAGUGAAGCAACGGGACCGUCUCCUUCAACCGCCAUGAGAAUCUAAAGUGCUUCGUCUCUAUUCGCUCUGUACACGCUGCCUGUCACAGGAACCAGGAUGAAGGUCGUGGUCGCUGGGUCCGUCUAUCUGUUGCUUGUGGUCGCCUCGGUUUACGGGAUGCAGAGAGCGCCUCGCAUCAUCACCUUAUUAGAGACAUUGGAUGUUCUGCUGGAUCACAACGCCACCUUCAUCUGUGAGGUGGAGUCCCAGCCUCGUGCCGACAUCAGUUGGACCAAGAAUAACCACCCAAUCAUGUACUAUGACCCCAGGUACAUCACCAGGGAACACGGACAGAUGCUGAGCAUCCCUCACGUGAGAGAGACGGACAAUGGAGAGUACUGCUGCCUCGCCGCCAACGGCAUCGGAGAGGCGGCCAAGAGCUGCGGGGCUCUGCAGCUCAAGAUGAAGCCACAGAUCAAACGCCAUCCGACCAAUGUUACCCUGCUGAUAGAAUCCAAAGCAGUGCUGCCCUGCGUUACCCUCGGCAACCCUAAACCAGAUGUCACCUGGCUCAAAGAUGACGAGCUCAUCAAAGUCAGUGACCGUGUUACCAUCCUCGACUACGGUGCAUUGAAGAUCCAUCACAUACAGAAGGAGGAUGCAGGACAGUAUCGCUGUGUGGCCAGGAACAGCUUUGGUUUGGCCUUUUCAAAACCGGUCACCAUAGAGGUGCAGGCUCCAGCGCGAAUCCUACGGGCUCCCAAGGAGAAGCGGGUAGCACACGGCGGCCAGAUUUCUUUGGAAUGUAACGCAACGGGUAAUCCCAUCCCCACCAUCACCUGGCUGGAAAAUGGGAACACGAUUUCGGGCGCAUCUGUGGAAGAGACGCUGACCGGCGAGGUGAUCCUGUCCGUCCUCAAAGUGACGGUGAACAAGCCGGCCCUGUACACGUGUCUGGCCUCGAACAGACACAGCGCCGGAGCCAACACCGCCAAGGCUACCGCCAAAGUCACCGUCGCAGAGUGGAGACUCUACAAGGGCGUCGCCGGCUACUGCAGCGCGUACCGCGGGGACGAGUGCCGCACCGUCCUGCGAGAUGACCUUCUGGUCUUCUUUAACUCCUCCCUCUCGGACCCCGAGGACAUGCAGGAAUACCUGGUCCAGAGCUGGUGGACGGAGCUGGAGGGCCUCAGCGCGUUGUGCAUCCCGGCGGCGCGCUCGCUGCUCUGCCACGCCUCCUUCCCCGACUGCAACCCGUCGGGGUCAGGACCGGCGCCCAAACCCGUCUGCAGAGAACACUGCCUGGCAGUGAAGGAGCUGUACUGCCACAAGGAGUGGUUGGUGCUCAAGGGCAGCAGUUCCGUCCAGUCCGGCUUCUUCCGCUCGGCCGCUGGGUCCCACGCACCCAUUUCCCUCCUCCCUAAUUGUCAGGCCCUGCCGAGCCUUCACGCAGAUCCUGAUGCUUGCACACAUGUCCCUUUUGUAGACAUCGAGAAAGAUCAAAUCACAACAGCGUGCUUCAAUGAAAGGGGCCGUUUCUACCAAGGCAGAGCCAAUGUGACCAGGUCCGGGGUGCCGUGUCAGUCAUGGAGCCAACAGGUUCCCCACCAGCACCGCCUAUCCGUUGACGUUAUUCCCGAGUUGAAGAACUCAGCCAACUACUGUCGGAACCCCGGAGGAAUCAGCGACAAGCCGUGGUGUUACACCUCCAAUCCCAACAUCCGCUGGGAGUACUGCGCCGUGCCGCGGUGUGGGGAGACCAGCAUUGAACUAGUGAUGAAGACCGAGUUGCCGGGCCCCCGUCAGACCACUCGUCUGCCUCCAAUGGCCAAACCUUCGUCUCCCGCUUACUCCAUGUCCGUCAUUGUCAUCCUCCUGACUGCACUUGCAGCUGCAGUCUUCCUCUUCAUCUGCAUCCUUGCCUGCCACAGACGGAGGAAACAACGAAGAAACCGAAAGAGAGCCAUGGAGACCCCGACGAUGAGCGCUCUUCCAUCAGAGCUCCUGCUGGAUCGACUCCACCCCAACCCCAUAUACCAGCGAGUUCCCCUGCUGCUGAACUCCAAGCUGAUGGCCCUUGAAUAUCCCCGGAAUAACAUCCAAUAUGUGAGGGAUAUUGGAGAAGGAGCCUUUGGACGGGUUUUCCAAGCAAGGGCACCGGGCCUGCUGCAGAUGGAGUCUUUCACGAUGGUGGCUGUGAAGAUGCUGAAGGAGGAGGCCUCGGCUGAUAUGCAGAACGACUUCCAGCGGGAAGCAGCGCUAAUGGCUCAGUUUGACCAUCCGAACAUCGUUCGCCUCCUAGGCGUGUGCGCGGUGGGAAAGCCCAUGUGCCUGAUGUUCGAGUACAUGGCCCACGGUGACCUCAACGAGUUCCUGCGCCGCCGCUCUCCCUCCCAGUCGGCGCGCACGCUCAGCCGCGGCAGCUUGUCCGGCCGCAGCUUCUCCUCCGAGCUGGAGGCGAGGCCUCUCUCCUGCGCCGAGCAGCUGUUCGUCUCCAAGCAGAUCGCGGCGGGGAUGGCCUACCUGUCGGAGCGCAAGUUCGUGCACCGCGACCUUGCCACCCGGAACUGCCUGGUCGGGGAGGAGAUGGUGGUGAAGAUCGCCGACUUCGGCCUCUCCAGGAACAUCUACUCGGCCGACUACUACAAAGCCAACGAGAACGACGCCAUCCCCAUCCGCUGGAUGCCCCCCGAGUCCAUCUUCUACAACCGCUACACCACCGAGUCGGACGUGUGGGCCUACGGCGUGGUGCUGUGGGAGAUCUUCUCCAACGGGAUGCAGCCGUACUACGGCAUGGGCCACGAGGAGGUCAUUUACUACGUGCGGGACGGUCACAUCCUCGCCUGCCCCGAAAUCUGUCCCCUGGAGCUGUAUAACCUGAUGAGGCUUUGCUGGAGCACACCGUCAUCGGACAGGCCCAGCUUCAGCAGCAUACAUCGGAUACUGGAGCGGAUGCAUCAGAGCACGCUGAGCAUCAGCGCCGAGGCUGAGGCCGACUGCUAACCGGGGGGGGGGGAAGAGUUGGGAAGAGAUUUGGUGACUGCAAACACUUUGAAGGAUUCUUCCAAUAAACAAACAGUACAAGUCAUUUUAGACCCUGUUUUCAAGAGACCCCAACCGGCACAGAUUAUAACAUGUUUUUGCAUCAUAAGCACCUCUCAUAGUUGAGGAAUUUGCAUCCAGCUUUCUUUCUCACUUCAGGGUUCUUAUUUGAAGAAAAGAACAAUUAGACCGGAGCAACUAGAACAUAUUUUUCUCUUUACGAAGCCCACAGCCUUAUUCUUUGAACACUCAAAGCCACAAACCAUACAAGUAUCUACAUGGAUGCUCAAACAUCACAGUUCAUCUACUUCAUGAGCAAAUGUUUUCUUUUUCCUUGUUCUUUUCAUUUUGUGACAGAUGUUCUGAUAACCAAACAUUGGAUUUAGAAAGACAAUGAGGCGUGAUAGUGAAAACACCUUUGUUGUUGUUGUUGUUGUUGUCUAUGGCAACAUUCCAACGUGGCACACAAUCACUUUAAACUAUUGCAGUUGAUUUUUUUUAAAGAAUAGUUGCUAUUUUCAUUUUUGGGGCAUUCUCGUUUUAUCUGUUUGUUUUCUUUUAUCAUUUAGUCGAUUUUUAUCUUUUCUCGUGUGUGCUAAUUUCACUUUGUUAGUCAUAACAACUAGAUUACAUGAGAAGAAAAAGUUAAUAAAUGAUUUCUUCCAAACAGCGUCAUCAUCUCGAAUUAGUAUCACAUUGAAGCGCACACACACACACAUUUGGUCUAAUUAGAAUUUGGCAGAAACUCAUUGACUAAAUGUAUUACUGUGCCCUAAAAAAGACUAUUUUUGCAGGGGAUUAAUGGGCAAAAUGUCCUCAGCCUAAAAAAAUACCCUCGGUCUGAAAGACCAAAGCUUUGAUUGGCUCCUGCAAAGACAGGAACUUUCAGCAAAGACAACACGGAUCCAACUUGACUCAUUUCAACUGUGUAUAAAAGCUGUGUUUUUUACACUAUUUCAGCAUUACAACCUUGUUUUAUCAGUGCACCUUGUCUUGUGGCAUUUAUUAGUUUCCGUUUGCUUUUUCCAGUAAUGUCCAAUGACAGAAAAUGUUUAUCUUAUCAACUGAUACCCAAAAUGCCUUGUGUGUGUUUGUUACAUAGCAUAAUAAUGCAGGCUUGUAAAGUAUGACAUUUCUUUUGUAUUGCUUGCAAAUAAACAUAACAAUUAC